AUGUUUCUUAAUCAAACUACUUACCCAGUUGGUCUUCAACCAAUGUCAGUAACAGUCGUCGAUGUGAAUAGUGAUAGCAAACCCGAUAUUGUUGUUGCAAACAGUGGCGAUAACACCAUUGGAGUUCUUCUCAACAUAGGCAACGGCACUUUUCGUGCUGCAACUAAUUACACAACAGGUAGCAAUGCAUUUUCAGUAGCAGUCGGCGAUGUGAACAGCGACAAUAAACCUGAUAUUAUUGUUGCAAAUUUUGGCGAUGGCACCGUCCGUGUUUUUUUCAACGUUGGCAAUGGUACUUUUACGAAUGAAACUACUUACGCGGUUGGUAGUCUACCAUAUUCAGUAGUAGUCGCCGAUGUGAAUAGCGACAAUAAAUCCGAUAUUAUUGUUGCAAACUAUGGUUCGAACAACAUUGGUGUUCUUCUCAACAGAGGCAAUGGUACCUUUAAUGCUCAAACUAAUUACACAGCUGGUUUUUCUCCAAUAUCAGUAGCAGUCGGCGAUGUUAAUAGUGACAAUAAACCCGAUAUCGUUGUUGCAAACAAUGCCGGUAGCAUCGUCAGUGUUCUUCUCAACACAGGCAGUGGCACCUUUAAUGCUGCAACUAAUUACACAGCUGGCCCUGGUCCUCAAGCAGUAGCAAUCGCCGAUGUGGAUAGCGACAAUAAACCCGAUAUUGUUGUUGCAAACAGUGGCGAUAACACCGUUGGAGUUCUUCUCAACGCAGGCAACGGCACCUUUAAUGCUCAAACUGAGUACUAUGCUGGUAGCAACCCAUACUCAGUAGCAGUUGUCGAUGUGGAUAGCGACAAUAAACCCGAUAUUGUUGUUGCAAACUAUGGUUCGACCACCGCCGGCGUUCUUAUCAAUGCAGGCAGCGGUACCUUUAAUUACCCAACUGCUUACGCAGUUGGUAAUACCCCAUAUUCAGCAGUAGUCGUCGAUGUGAAUAGUGAUAAUAAACCCGAUAUUAUUGCUGUAAACUAUGGUUCGCCGUAUACCGUCAGUGUUCUGUUCCAUUGUUAA